AUAUAUAUGUUGUCUUAUUCAGACCAUGCGACAGCAAUAAGAAGAAUCUCUGAAACUAAUUUCCAAUCAAAUUCCAAUUCGACCCACUUUCCACCUUCUUCAACAGAAACAAAAGUUUCUAUCUUUUUGUCUUUUCAUCACAAAUUCAACGACCAACUCGUUCCUUGACUCAGUUGGUGUUUAACUCAGUAAUGUCAAAGGUAGUAGCUAUAGGAACUGCAGCUGUUUGUGCUGCGGCGGCGGCUUUGGCGGCUACAGCGGUGAUGGGUCAUCGGAUUAAAGGUUCUGACAAAUGGGGUCAAUCUGAAGAUAUUGUGAAGGUUUUUGGUGAAGAGUGUAGAACCCCAAUUGAGAAUCUUAAGAAAGUUGCUGAAGCUAUGGUUGUUGAAAUGCAUGCUGGUCUUGCUUCUGAAGGUGGUAGCAAGCUCAAGAUGUUGAUCUCCUAUGUUGAUAAUCUUCCAUCUGGGGAUGAGAAAGGACUCUUUUAUGCAUUGGACCUUGGUGGCACAAACUUCCGUGCCCUUCGUAUCCAAUUAGGUGGAAAAGAGAAAGGUGUUGUUAAGGUAGAAGCCGAAGAAGUUUCAAUUCCUCCUCAUUUGAUGACCGGUUCUUCACAUGAGUUGUUUGAUUUUAUAGCGACGUGUCUUGCAAAAUUUGUUAGUUCCGAGCCUGAAGAGUUUCGUCCUCUCCCUGGAAGAAAAAGGGAAUUGGGUUUUACGUUCUCAUUUCCAGUGAGGCAAACAUCGAUUGCAUCUGGGACUCUAAUAAAGUGGAGUAAGGGUUUCAGUAUUGAGGAUGUGGUUGGAGAAGAUAUAGUCGGUGAACUAACCAAGUCCUUGGAAAAAAUUGGUUUGGAUAUGCGUGUUGCUGCACUAAUUAAUGAUACCGUUGGAACAGUCGCUAAAGCCAGAUUCAGCAAUCAGGAUGUCAUUGCUGGAGUAAUUCUUGGUACCGGAACAAACGCGGCAUACAUAGAGCAUGUAAAUGCAAUUCCAAAAUGGCAAGGUCUUCCACCAAAAUCAGGAGAGAUGGUUAUAAACAUGGAGUGGGGUAAUUUCUAUUGUUCCUAUCUUCCUCUAACAGAAUACGAUCACGCUCUAGAUGUGGCGAGCUUAAACCCUGGAGAACAAAUUUUUGAAAAGAUAAUUUCUGGUAUGUAUUUGGGCGAUAUUGUAAGGAGAGUACUACUGAAGAUGGCUGAAGAAGCUGAAUUUUUUGGAGAUACUGUUCCUCCCAAGUUGAGAAUUCCUUUCAUACUUAGGACACCUGACAUGUCUGCUAUGCAUCACGAUACAUCUUCAGAUCUAAAUGUGGUUGGAAAGAAAUUGAGGGAUAUAUUGGAGAUCGAUAACACGUCUCUAAAAAUGAGGAAGAUUGUUGUGGAACUCUGUGAUAUUGUUUCUGUUCGAGGGGCCCGUCUUGCUGCUGCUGCUAUUUUCGGUAUCCUAAGGAAACUGGGAAGAGACACGGUAAAGGCCGGGGAGAAACAAAAAUCAGUGAUAGCAUUGGAUGGAGGAUUGUUUGAACACUACACAAAAUUCCGAACAUGCAUGGAGAAUACACUAAAGGAGUUGAUGGGAAAAGAAGCAGCUGAGACAAUCGGCAUUGAGCAUUCCAAUGACGGCUCUGGAAUCGGAGCAGCCCUCCUUGCAGCUUCUCAGUCGCAGUAUGUAGGUUCGGAAGAGUCCUAAAGAAUUUGAUUAACACAGUUGCCAAAAGUAAACAAGGUGUAAUACUAGUUUCAAUUUUCUUCAUACUAAAUAGAUCGAUAGAUUGAUGCGGCAAAGCCUUAGUUACCUGUCCUUCAGAGGUUUCAACUGGAGCGCGGUCGAAGUUCGCUUAGUGUUGUUGCUGUGACCUCACUGCUUCUUGGCUAAUUGCCAGGACAUUGUUUUGGUUACACAAUGUCUCUCCCACUUUUAAGAAUAAUAGGGAGAUGUUCACUUUUGACUAAUGAUGUUUUACCGAAUGUAACAUGUUGACAUGAGAAUAAAUCAGGAUUAGCUUAUUGGCAAAAGGUGAAAAAUUUUAACUCAGCUUUUGAUUUUUAUCAAUGAAGAGUUGCUUUUUAUUUA